AUGAGAAAAGACCAUACUGACUUAAAGAAAGAAGUAGAGAAACCAGCAGAAGAUAAAAUGGACAUGUUGACAUUUCUGAACAAAAACUAUCCAACUGCUAACGAUUUCCUUCUUUCAGAUGUCAAGAAGAAAUAUAAAGAAACCUUCGGCAUAGUUAAAAUUUUUGAUAUCCUUCGUGAAGAAAUAGAAGCUACAAAACUGUUUAAAGUCAUGAACCAUCACAACAUAUACCAUGUAAAACGCUUGUAA